AUGACAUUUUGGGACUUGAGAAAGAAAUCAUCUGUUGAGAGGGAAAUGGCUGCGUAGAGACUAGACUGUUUCUUGUCUGUUGUUUAUCUAUUUCCAAACUGUCUUGAUCCAAAUGAUAUGGAUCUAUUAGCCAAGAGGGAAAAAGAAUUGUCAAAGAUAUUUAAAUUUUCAGGAUAAGGGUUCUUUGUAUCGUAUGUUUUGGGAGUAUGUGGAUUAUACUUUUUGAGAGGUAGAGGAACUCCAUACUUUAGAAAUGUGGUUAAACAUACAAUCUUAUGUGUUGGAGGAACUUUUUCCGCAGCUUAUGGAGGUGAAAGACUAGCUGGUGAACUUUACUACAAUAAAUUACUAAUACAACUGAGUGAUAAGUAUAACUUUACUCCAGAGGAGGUUCUAGAUCUAUAGAGGAAUUUGAAUCAAUUCUACAUUAGAAAGGACAGAGAAUCGGAUUUAGCGAGAACUCAAUGA